GCCGCAGACUCGAGCGGCUGUCUCUGCGCUCACUCCUUGAUCCUCUUUCAGUAGCGUUUGGAACCAGCCGGCUGAGGAACGAGGCGCUGUCCUUUCAGCACCACCGGGGGGUUUAAAAAGCAGCUUUUUUUUUUUUUUUGGCGCAAUCCGUCGCGAACUUCCUUCCAAGAGCGAGGUGUGCCCUGCAGUCUGGAAAGUGAGAUCUAAGGAUGGUGAAGCUGGGAAGCAAUUUGAAUGAAAAGAACAAGCAGCAGCCGUCCAAUGAGGAUGGUUUUCAGACGGUUCCUUUGAUAACACCCUUGGAAGUCAAUCACUUACAGUUCCCAGCUCCAGAAAAGGUGAUUGUGAAAACAAGAACAGAAUAUCAACCAGACCAGAAGAACAAAGGAAAACUUCGAGUGCCCAAAAUUGCUGAAUUCACAGUCAGUUUCACUGAUGGUGUAACAGAAAGAUUAAAGGUCACUAUUCUCAUAAGCCUGGCUCUUGCAUUCCUUGCCUGCAUAGUCUUUCUUGUGGUAUACAAAGCAUUUACCUAUGACCACAGUUGCCCAGAUGGAUUUGUUUAUAAGCAUAAGAGGUGCAUUCCCGCUUCUCUCGAUGCUUACUACUCAGCUCAGGAUUCCAACUCCCGGGGCAGAUUCUACACUGUCAUCAGCCACUACAGCAUGGCUAAGCAAACCAGCUCGCGGUCUGUAUCUCCAUGGCUUUCUUCAGGAUCGGUAAAUCAUGAAAAUAAGGCCACUAAGACAGAAGGCCAUUAAAGCCAUGUGAUGGCCUGGGGAUGGAGGGAGUGGGAAAACCACAUCAUGUCUCUAAAUCAUUGCCCUAGUUCACAGAGGGCGCCUUGCUAAUCAGUGUGAUGAGAAUACACUAACUCCAAGUGCAGGUGUCAUCUUAAUGGAUAGUUUUCUCUCUUUCAUUCAUUCUCACCCUCCCCUUUAGUGCAUUGUUCUCGUUAAUUUGUAACUAAGUCAGGAUCUUGUACAAAGGCAUGUUAGGUGUUGACUAUAUCUCACAAUGUACAAAUAUUUUUAAAACCAUUGCUAAGUAUUUGUUAAGAAAAUAAAAAUGAAACAAAAAAAGUAAACCCAGAAAACAUUGACAAGAAGGUAAAAGAAAUAGUAAACAUAAUUUAUUAGGCCUUUCUUGGCUGAGAAAACAGCCUUGAAACUUGGCAAACAAAGGUGGGGAAUUUGUUUAUCACAAUGUAACAUGAAAGGAAAGUUCAGAUCAAUGGAGGAACUUUAUAGUGCACAACCAUCAUAUACAAAUAAAAUACACAAUUGUCUGGGCAAAAAUCCAUCUCAAAGGGUUUUCAAGGGAUGGUGGUGUUAUAUGGAUGCUUUUAAAGCAAUUUAGCACCACUUGUGCUCCAAUGUGCAUUAUUCUGUCCUUAACAUUAAGAUGAAUGAGAAAGCCCAUACAUACAAGGAGAUUACUGUCUCUUUACCAAAAGCCUCACACAUGCAUUAAACUAUUGGAUUGUGGCUACUAAUCUUUGGUUGUUUCUCAAGAGGGAAAUAUUAGCCAUGAGAGUGAGUGCAAGCAGGUUCCUAUGUGUCUCCUGAUUGUCAACCCAAUUUUGAAUACAACAAUUCUACCCUCCCACAAUCCAAAAAUGAUCGGCAAAGUUCAAAAACAACAAAUCAAAAUUUGACCUAGAGAAAGAGGGUGAACUGCUGUCUCAGAAGGGCCCAGGGUUGGGGUUUUGUUUUUGGGGGUGAAUUUGAGAUAAAGUCAAAAAAUUAUAGAAGUGAAACAGAUUUUAUUUUGAUUACUCAAGGAGUAUGAGAGGCUUAUAUCCCCUUGGAUCCUGGGAAUCUUGCUCAAUAGAGCAACAGACAGAUGUCACUGCAAAUGCUCCAUCACAUGGCCAGCCACUCUUUCAAUAGAGAUUCAAAGAAACACAAAGAUAGCCUGUUUUCUGUAUGUUUGCCAAAAUACAUUAUUUUUUUUAAAAAAAAAUGGUUAGCCAAUCAGCUGAGUUAUCGUUAUUAUGUAUCUCUAUUGCUAGAGAUACAUAAUAAGAGGAAUAGCAAUGGUAUCUGCUAAUAGCCACCAUGAUCCCCAAAUGAUGAAAUAAUGCAUUAUGACAUCACGAGGCAUAUGACUGCCCUUUCAUAUCCCAAGAUUAAAUACAAAUACAAAAGUUAUAGGUUUUGCCUGGUGAUAUUAUGACAACAUUUAAACAUUUGCCCUCCUCAAGAGCCAAGGUGGCGCAGUGG